CUAUACACAACAGUAACCAAAGUAACAAUAAAUUUGCCCGAUGUCGUGUGUCAAAAGCCUUAAUAAUAAAUAAGUGCAAUUACAUUUACUUAUGCCACUUGAAAAUUAUUUAAAAUAAAAUGUUUCGGCCAGAACCUAAAGUAAUUUUAGAAAAUGACAUUCCAAAUGAAGCUAUUGCAAUUGUUUGCAUGGAAGAUCUUAUGGAAAAGUUGAAAUUGUUAAAUUAUGAAAAUGAUUUCUUGAAAAAAUUGAAUAUGAAACCUCUUAAUAGACAUUAUUUUAUCGUGCCUACAAAUCCAGGAGAACAAUUUUAUGUGUUCAGCUCUUUGGCAGCUUGGUUGAUAAGAAAAAUUGGUAAAAGAUUUGAACAGCCACAAGAGUACGAUGAUCCUAAUUCUACAAUAACAAGUAUUUUGGAUGUUCUUAGAACUCUGGGCAUACCUGUGGACUUUCCUCCUAGCAGAUUGAAACAAGGGAUUGGUUUUCAUGCUGUUACAGUAUUGGACAAACUAGCAGAUCAAGCUUUGCGUAUAUCCAAUUUUUCGUGGCGCAAGCCUGAAAUUCAAGCAGAUCCGGAACUAGAACCCGAAACCAUUGAAGAUGAUUCUGAAAUCAUUCUUGAUAGAGUUGAAGAAGAAAUGGCUACUGCUUAUUCUGAUUCAGAUGAUGAAGAAAAUUUAUUUGACUUAGGACAAACAAAUUCAUCAUCACAGAGUAUGCAAAAAAUGUUGAAAAAACAAAGCAGUAAUGAGGCAAUGAGUCUGACAAACAUCGAGGAACCCAAUAGUCUUGGUUAUAGUAUAGAUACAGAAGCAUGGAGACUUGAAUUAGAAAGAGUUUUACCACAAUUGAAAGUUGUUAUCAAGGCGGACCCAAGAGACUGGAGAUUCAGACUUGAGCAAAUGAAAACCUAUAGGGGAGAAAUAAAGGAUGGACUUAGUACGACUAAGGGUCAACUAAAUAAACUUCAUGCUGAUAUAUCUUCAGCAAUGGAGAAAAUUGAAAGUAGAGAAAAGUAUUUGAAUAGUAACUUACAAGGCCUAGUUGAUGAAUACAGACAGCUUCAUGAUAAGUUAUCAACUGCUAAAAGUGAACUUUUAGCUGCUACUACACAAGUACAAGAGCAAACAAAUCAACUUUCUCAACUUUCAUCUGAUCUUGAGGACAUCAAAUACAAAACAGAACAAAAAGGAUCUUCUAUGAAUGAUACGACACCUGUGAUGAACAUUAAAAAAGCUUUAUCUGCUAUGAAACAAGAAAUAAGUGAAAUGGAAGUAGAUAUAGGUGUAAUGCAGCACACACUAAUGCACACAAAUCUGAUUCAAGCUAAACCGGAAACCACAACACAAGAUUCAAUGAAGUUUGCAAGCAUGGUUUAUGUAAAAUAAGUUAUUGUCACUCACUAAAACUUUAUAUUAUUUACACACUAUUUAUUCAUAUA